CAAAUGAUGACUGAAGAAAACCAGACCUCGGUUAAAGAAAUAUUUCUACUGGGAUUCAAAGUACUUUACAACUUUAAGAUCCCUUACUUCCUUCUGUUCCUUGUGCUAUACACCAUGACGUUGACUGGAAAUCUCAUGAUUGUAACACUGGUGACAGUGAGUCCAAACUUGAGACAUCCAAUGUUUUUCUUCCUUAGUCAUCUCUCACUAACCGAUAUCAUACUGACCACAAAUAUUGUCCCGAACAUGCUGUGCAUCAUACUAAAUGGUGGGAAAAUAAUGUCUCUUCAAGCCUGUAUAGUCCAACUUCAAUUCUUUGGACUCUCCUUGGGUACAGAAUGUCUUCUUCUUACAGUGAUGUCCUACGACCGUUAUCUGGCUAUCUGCAGUCCAUUGCAUUAUACCACUAUUAUGAGCAACAAACUUCGUCCUCAGCUUGCAGUUUCUUGUUGGCUGUUGGGUUUUAUAAUUUCCUUUAUAACUGUGAUACUAGUGAGUCAGUUACAUUUCUGUGGAUCAAACAUUAUUGAUCAUUUUUUCUGUGAUUUACUUCCAUUUCUGCAACUUUCUUGCUCAGACACCUUCAUAGUGAGGUUAGAGAACAUUUUACUGGGAACUCCAAUAACGUUGUUUCCGGCGAUAAUCAUCACUAUAACGUAUGUCUGCAUUUUUAUGGCCAUCCUCAAAAUACCAUCAACGUCCGGGAGACAAAAAACAUUCUCCACCUGCAGCUCCCACUUGGCUGUUGUAAUUACUUUCUACGGGACACUGGUCACGCUCUAUGUGAUUCCUUCUAGUGGACAUUCAUUAAAUGCAAACAAGGUUCUCUCCUUGAUUUAUACUGUGGGGACUCCGUUAUUUAAUCCUAUUAUUUAUAGUCUGAGGAACAAAGAAAUAAGGGUGGCAUUUAAAAGAUAUAUAUAUUUAAUUAACAUAGAGAAAAGACAUCAAUGUAUGUAA